AUGCCGAGCCCGGUGGUCCAUGUUGGUUACGCAUUAGGAUUUGGAACAUUGAUUAUGACGGCAACAAAAGGAUCUUUUACUGCUAGUCAUUGUCUACUCUUGGCUGUGAACAGUUUCUUCGGACCGGAUAUUGGGUCUUUUAUCGGAUGGUGUCUAUCGCUAACAUUUCCGGCGCUGGCAAAUACAGCUAUGAGUUAUAUCCACGAUAGCAUUGGUUAUAUUAUACUGAUAGCACCUCUCAUAGCAUUCUUAUCUUCGAAAUUAUUGAAAAAAUGCAGUCGUUGGUAUGACGAGAACAAUUCCAGUUUGAUUUCAUUAAAUUUGAAAAAUUGUUAUUUAUUAUCGAUUGCUGGUUGUUUGUUACAUUUCCAAAUUGAUCAUAUCUUUGAAGAGAAUGGCCAAGAUAAGUUCUAUCAAUGGAUCCUAUCAACUGGUUAUUUUCAAAAGCCGACGCCACCAUUUUUACCAUUAUCAGUCAUUUUUGUUGGAGCGUGUACAUUAUCGUUAUUUUUCGGAUUUGCUUGGAUUCAUCUAUCAACAAGAGAAACCUUAUCAGUCAGAUUAAAAUAUACAUUGAUAUUAUUUGUAUCUGUUGCAACUAUUUAUCUCACGUAUUUAGUAGUUUCUCAAAUUAUUUUGAAAAAAAUUGCAGUUGUUGGGGAAGAAGCAGAUUUGGGCGUAUUGAUUUUCUUAAUAGUAUUUCACAUUUUACCUUUCAUUCUCUGUUUGCUUUCUAUGCAAUAUUGA